CUUUCACGUCUUCGACAACAAUUGAACGCCCUCCAAACUCGCAGCACAAUGUCCACCGCUCGCCCGAUGAUCACCAGCCCCUACCAAGCUCAGGCUCAGCCCAUGUUCUCAAAGCGCCCACUCUACACCCCGAGACCGCCUCCUGGAUUCAAGCGCAAGGUCUGGGACAUCAAGACCAGGUUCGACGUCACCUUUGCCCUCUCCGUCAUGUCGCCAACUGAGCAACUCAUCGUCUGGAGCAUUCUCAUCCUUUGCGCUACUUCCAUUCUGUACUACAUCUUCGGCAACGCCACUGUUCAGUUGCUCUACGCUACCACCCGCUGGACAUACUACGUCUACGGCGACGAAGCGGCCCACCCCAUCAUUCAUGGCAUCAGCAGGAAUGUCUCUGCCAGGGUCUGGCAGCUCGGACAAGGAAGCAAGGCUGGACGGGCACCGGCGGCCUUUGCUGCGCUCAGCAUGGGGGGCAAGGUCGUACCUUGAGCGUGAGCACGUAUCAUGGGCUCGGAGAUGAGUAUUGCGGAUCGGAUCCUAGUUGUAGUAUUGUCUGUAUAUAGUCGAAUAAUAGAAUCAUCACUGCAAGUCAGCCAUGACCAGUAACAAAUGCGUUGCUUGUACUUCUUGAUAUGAAAAGGACAUUUCUGAUCACCAGCAUGAUCUGACCAUGAUCGUUGAGUACAAAAAUGGGCCCCAAAUCGCCAAGCAAUGUAUCAGAG